UAGGGUUCUGGAACUACAGGUUUAAUAAGGACAUUUAUUUUGAAUUAUGCCGCGACCGCUAUCUGCACAAACUAGAAACGAGCAAGUAAUGAAGGAGAGGGCGGGCAAGCAGCUGAUGGCUACUGACGACCCGCUGGAGAAAUUACGCCUUUUAUGUCUACAGAGGGGAGCUAAAGGUAUCCUUGGCUUAGGAAGAGUUUUCCGACGAAUGGAUGACAACCAUAGCGGGGAUUUGAAUAUGGAAGAAUUCGUGAAAGGCAUUCGUGACACAGGACUCAACAUAACCGACGAAGAAGCCGAAAACCUCUUUAAGCAAUUCGACAAAGAUGGAUCGGGAGUCGUUCAUUACGAUGAAUUUCUCAGAGCUGUGACGCCGAAAAUGAGUGCUAGCCGAUUGGCCUUAGUGGAGAAGGCUUUUGAAAAAAUGGAUAAAACGGGUGACGGUAAAAUCACUUAUGAGGACUUAAAGGGAAUAUAUUCUGUUCAUAAACAUCCUGACUAUUUAAAUGGACAAGUUAAUGAAAAGCAACUAUUAAAUAGGUUUCUGAAGAAUUUCGAGGAAAGCGGAGUUGUCGAUGGCGUCGUAACAAAAGAAGAAUUUAUCGAUUAUUACACAGGAGUAAGCGCAUCGAUUGAUGAAGACGGAUACUUCGAUCUGAUGAUGAGAACAUCAUGGAAACUGUAAUUAUAUUUCAAGAGAAAAACGAAA